AUGGCUAAAGGGUUGAAGAAGCAUUUGAAAAGGCUCAAUGCACCGAAGCAUUGGAUGUUUGACAAGCUUGGAGGUGCAUUUGCUCCAAAGCCUUCAUAUAGACCUCAAAAAUCCUGGGAACGCCUGCCAUUGAUCCUCAUUUUAUGGAACAGAUUGAAGUAUGCUCUCACAUAUCGUGAAGUCAUUGCCAUCUUGAUGCAACAACAUGUUUUUGUUGAUGGAAAAGUUAGGAUAGAUAAAACAUAUCCCUCUGGUUUCAUGGAUGUUGUUUCAAUUCCAAAGAAAAAUAAGAACUUCCGUCUUCUUUACGACACCAAGGGUCGGUUCUGA